UUAACCGUUCACUCUGUUGUGUCUGGCUUAAACCUUUGAACGCCGAAGGUAAUAUUUGCCUGUAUUAUAUUCAUCAAUCAUCGCGGGCGUACGACGAUUUCGAAAUACCUUGUGCUCAAUCGUUGGAUUCUGUUUAGCCUUAUCAGUGUCCAUAUUCUGUCCAACGGAUUUCCAUCAUUCGGCAUUUCUGAACCGCUGCCUGCCAUGUUCACUACAGUGAAAUCUAAAAAGGUUUUAUUAGCAUUAUCGGUGAUAAAUGGAUCACUUAUCCUGUUGCUCUUAAUUCAUCUAGACGAUAUUUUCUCAAAAGCAUCGUAUAGAACGAAUGAAUUUGAUAAUCGUAAAAAUAAAACUAUUCUGAUAUGGAACAGUCCUCACAUUGUUGACACUUUAAGCUUCGGCUACGGACACGAACCUUUCAUCGAGCAUCAAUGUCCAGUUUCCGACUGCAUAGUUUUCGACAACUCUUCGUCGUUGCCACUCGAAGAGUACGACGCCAUUUUGAUCCACGUGCAUGAAUUGUGGAUGACGCACAUGCCGACGUUUUCCCGAAACAAACACCAACGCUUUGUGUUUCUAACACAAGAAUCGCCAAACUCAAUGACCAACCUCGACGUCACCACGAUGGGCAACGUGUUUAAUUGGACGAUGAGUUACAAAUUAAACUCAGAUAUCCAGAUGCUUUACGGGCGCAUCCACCCGAGAUCAACGGCUCCAAAAACUCGGGAUGAGACGCGCCAAAGGAUUAGAGAAACUCAAUCGGCUAAAAAUUAUGCAGCCAACAAAACUGGGCAAGUGGCCUGGAUGGUAUCUCAUUGCAACACACCUGGCCAAAGAGAGACCUACGUCACCCAGCUGAGAAAGUUUAUUCCCGUCCACGUUUACGGUGCCUGUGGCAAUUUUAGGUGUCCCCAUAGUAAAAUGUCCAAGUACAUAUCCGAUCCGCAAUGCUACGCGAUGCUGGAAUCAAAGUAUAAAUUCUAUUUGUCGUUUGAAAAUUCUAUAUGCAAAGAUUACGCCACUGAAAAGUUUUUUGAAGCAAUGAAUCGUCGAUUGAUACCCAUCGUCUACGGCGGUGCCAAUUACAGUCAAAUCGCUCCUGUUCAUUCGUACAUCAACGCACUUGAAUAUAGUCCGGAAGAAUUGGCCAACUAUCUAAAAAUCCUUGAUGCAAAUGACACUCUCUACAACGAAUUUUUCUGGUGGAAAGAUCAUUACGAGGUAGAAAGUGGAGUGCAUCAGAUGAGUCGUCAUGGUUUCUGCGAUUUGUGCAAAAAACUCCACCACGAUGAAGGUGUUAUCAAGUCCUACACGGAACUUGAGUCAGAUUGGCUUCCUAGUACACAGUGUAAACGAAUUUCAAGAGAUAUUUUAUUUGGGUAACAAUCGAUUUGUAUAACUUUCGAUGCCUACUCUGCACUUCAUUUUUUCAACUAAUAUUAUGAGAUAGCUUCAAAUAUCACCGAGCCAUUUUAUUCAAUCAAUUUGCGUGGUUUGCAAGUGUUUUUAUAAGAAGCUACACAGCCUUUAAAUCCAACAAGAGCAGUGAACCCAACAUGAUGGCAUAAAAGUCUGGCUGAAGCAGUGUGUAUCCAGCUCUAUGAAUUUGAAGGAAAUUAGCAUGUAAUUGGACAUCAUAUUUGUCGUGAAUCGAGUCGGAAAUUAUGGUGACCGACAACAAACGGAAAACAGCCAGCUUCAUGUAACACAUGUUUUUACAAUCAAUAAACGAUAUCUAUAAACGUA